AUGGAUGGCCUUGAAGUAGAUUCUAACUCAAGUUUAGUAAAACCUUUGCCCACUGCCUUCAAAACAGCUGUAGUUGUUGUGCUAUUGUUCAUCUGGUGGCAAGAAGCAUGUAAUUGUGCCCUUCGCAAGAAAAUCAACGCUCCAAGCCCCAAGGGUCGGCCCAUAUUUGGCAAUAUGCUUCUUAAUGGAGUACACCUUUUGUUGUGUAACUACAUUAAAAAUCAUGGCAAAGUGUUUUCUUUUAGUAUGUUUGGAAAGCCAAGUCUUGUUAUUGCCGAUCCUGACAUCCUGAAGAAGAUUCUGGUGAAAGAUUUCUGGAACUUCCGAAAUCGCGUCGCGGUAAUUAAGACUGAAGGGCAAUUGCCGAAAGCGUUUUUUCUUGAACGCGAUGAUGCUUGGAGGCGCCUCCGCGCCACGCUCACCCCGUCGUUCAGCGCAAAGAAAAUGAAAGGGGUGUAUCCCUGA